UUUAGCCGUGACGGCGAUCACGCCUACGAUCAACAAAGUCCUGGUGGAGCCUAGGCUGGCGCCAGUUACGAGGAUCGUACGUACGCGUGACGUACGGAACAAGUUGCCGAUUGAAAACGGAAAAGAGUGGAAGAAUGCAAAGGGAGGAACGUGAUAGUGGCCACCCCCUCUCGGUUUUGUCAAGAUAGUGGUAGCCAUGAGCGCGUCCGCUCUUCAUUCUGUCCGGCUCGGUGGCCUUUAGUCGACCAGGCGAACCUAUCGAGCGAAGAAGUAAGAGAAGCACCGCGUGUGUGCCAACCGGAUAGAGGCGAGGUUGAAUGUGACCGAGAGAAAUGCAGCCCGGAACGAAGCGUGCGAGAUUCUGUUCCACGAUAAUAGCGCUACUGUUCCUCAUAGGCUAUAACGUGGACGCUACGUGGAAGAGGCGGGAGGACAAGACAAAGUGUCCUAAAGUAAAGGGAAUCAGAAAUUUUGACAUAUCCGAGUUCCUCGGUUCGUGGUAUAUAGUGCAGUACUAUGCAAGCUCUGAAGAGGCCCUCGCUUACAGAUGCAUGCGAGCCGAAUUGUCGAUUUCCCCGGAAAGCACUGAGGUUACAAUGAAUUUCACUUAUAGCUUCACAGACGAUCCUAUCAAUGAGCAACUCGUUGGCAAUAUCACCUGGAAGAUACCAUCCCCUGAAUUGCCUGCACAUUGGGUGCACGCUGAGUAUCCGUAUGAAGGAGUGUACAAUACCUAUGUACUAGAUUCGGAUUAUAAAUCUUGGGCAUUGUUGAUGCAUUGUGCGGAACAAAGCAAAACUCCUCGAUACUUAUCGAGCUUCAUCAUGAGCCGAGAGCCGAGUCUUGGAACUAACGUUAUUUCUUAUCUACGCGAGAAGUUGCCCAGAUAUGACAUCGAUCUGGAGUACAUGUUCCCUAUGGAUCAGAAUCAAUGUAACAAAACAGAAAUUUCCGAAAUGGAUAUGUUGAUUCCACCAUCAGUAAUAGCCAGAAGAAACAAUGCUGCACGGAAACACCCUCUGAAACGGAAGCAUCGACGUAUUUAAAUUUAUUAUGCAUUAUUUGUUUAAAUAGGUACGAUCUUAUUAUAUUUAGUCUUACUAUAUUUAGUAAUAAAUGUAUUAUAUUUUCCCUUAGGAUUAUUAAUUCAUUCUAUAUUGU